AAACAAACACAUAAAUUGUAGAAUUAGCAGACAUAGGAGUAACACAGAAGAUACCCACCACCACCAGGCACCAAGUCAAAGUGAUCAAAAUUUUGGAUCUUUUGAAUAACUUGAUAUGCUUAAAUAUCAUCAAAUUAAGACUUUCCUUUUUUCUUCCUUCUGUUUUCCUGUCAAAGUUUAGCUUCUAGGAAAUCUCCAAUUCUUAUAGUUUAAGGUGAUGAUGAUAAUUGAAUGGGUAGCAGAAUAGUGAAGAAGACUGGUUCAAAAAAUGGUGCAAGCUUAACUUCAGGGAUGCCGAGCUUUAAUCCUGCCAUUCCUAUCUCUAAUUCCGUUGUAGGAGAGGGAAACAACUCAAAUACAUCUCGUGUUCCUGAAAUUGGUGUUUUUGAGCAGUCUCUCGAUUUUUGUAUAGAAGAUGAUGUUGAUUUCAGACACCCUCUAUUCAGUUCGUUGAAGUCGUCGAGUCUGACUGUGGGCCCUGAUCUCCAAUUUGGUUCGUUUAAUAAGGUGCUGUCAUUGGAAAAAGAAUCGCAUCUCAACUUUGCUUCUGUAUCUAGAGGUCAUCGUGAAAAUUGGGCGGAAUCCAAUAUGGCUGAUGCUAGUCCUAGAACGGAUACUUCAACCGACGAAGCGGACGAUAGGCAUCCGCAGCUUGAAGUUGGUCAAAUCAAUACCAAGACUGCGUCCGAUUCCAGUGAUAGAUCCAAAGAAAAAGCUCUGGAUCAGAAGUCACUUCGACGGUUGGCUCAAAAUCGCGAAGCAGCUCGGAAAAGCCGACUGCGGAAGAAGGCGUAUGUACAACAGCUCGAAAAUAGCCGACUGAAGCUGACCCAGCUUGAGCAAGAGCUCCAACGAGCUCGCCAGCAGGGAAUUUUCAUUUCAAAUUCUGGUGAUCAAUCACAUGCGAUAGGGGGAAAUAGUGCUUUAGCUUUUGAUGCGGAGUAUGCACGAUGGGUGGAAGAACAGAACAGAAUGAUUAAUGAGUUGAGAAGUGCAGUAAAUUCACAUGCUAGCGAUACUGAACUUCACACAGUCGUUGAAAGUGUAGCUGCCCAUUUUAACGACAUUUUCAGGCUUAAGGGUGUUGCUGCAAAGUCUGAUGUCUUUCACAUUUUGUCAGGAAUGUGGAAGACUCCAGCCGAGCGUUGCUUCAUGUGGAUUGGUGGGUUUCGCCCAUCAGAACUCCUAAAGCUUCUGGUGAAUCAAUUGGAACCCUUGACCGAACAGCAAUUAGUGGGCAUCUACAGCUUGCAGCAGACAUCACAACAGGCUGAAGAAGCCUUAUCACAAGGAAUGGAGGCCCUGCAGCAGUCUCUAGCCGAAACAUUAGCCAAUAGUACACCAUGCCCUUCCGGCUCGUCUGGAAAUGUAGCAAACUAUAUGGGUCAGAUGGCCAUGGCUAUGGGCAAAUUGGGAACUCUUGAAGGAUUCUUGCGCCAGGCCGACAAUCUGCGUCAACAAACACUGCAACAAAUGCACAACAUAUUAACAACUCGACAAUCCGCACGUGCCUUGCUAUCAAUACACGACUAUUUCUCAAGACUUCGGGCACUCAGUUCUCUAUGGCUUGCUAGACCGCGUGAUUGAGCACCCUCAAACUAUCUUAUUUUACAAUAAUUGACAUGAUAGGAUCGUCUGACUUACCAUGUUCUCUCGGGUUUGGCAAUUUUGAGCUGGCGGUGUGUAAUUUCCGUUCUGGUCGACUAUGAAUCGCGCACGAUAAUGUUUGUAACUCUAUGUUGUAUAAUUACUGUUGUUGAGGUUGUAUUUUCUAAAGGGUGGUAUUGUUAGGUUGAUGGAAAAGUAUUUAGAGAAGGUUUCUUUGUAAUAGUAUUUAGAAGUACACUUCUAUGUUAGGUAGCUUGUUACACUAGAAUUCUCAUAGUAUUUUACUUGUAUUUAGGACCCUUGUUUUCUACUAUAUAGUUUUGAUUACUAUACACCCCUAUGUAUAAUGUACGAAAUUCACUUUUGAAUAAGAAAAAUCCUUUCU